AUGACACAGCCUCGCGAGCAAAGGGCCUCGGUCCCUCAAAUUCUAGGCCAGUCGUCGACGCCGACGCCGACGCCGACGCCGCCGCCUCGCCAAACAGCCAUGUAUAUUCCACCUCAGCCUCAGCCUAAUCCUUUUGCUUCUGUCCAAAUUGAUCGCGCCGCCACGGACAAGAUUAAGGACGGCCCCAAGUACACGACUGUAGGCUCUCUGGUCAACCCCAACUCUACACCUCAGUUUGCCAAGCCCGUACGCAGAUCUGCAGCUAUCACAAUCCGGAAUGCUCAAGGCGAUGCCUUGGAUCUCAGCCACGCGUGGAAGGACGCACCUCUGCAGUACUCACCUCUCCAGCAGAAUACGGACCGUGCUAUCAGUCCUCCAACUGUCAAUGUUCCAUCGGUAAUCCCAAGAGCCAAUCCUCUGUCUACAAACCCCACCCCCUCGAGAACCCAAAUCCCAAGAGUCAGCCCUCCACGUUCGACAGUCGAUAAUACAAGUCACUGGGGCGAGUAUAGAACUCUCUUCGAAGCCGGUGAAAAGGAUUCCGUUGAGCGUAGUGAGAAUGGAAUGGGUAACCCUGGCCAACCGAUGGUGAAAGUUGGACCGGUAAUGACGACUUUCGGCAUUGAUUCUCCUGAGCCUGCCCUCAUCGAUGACAUUGAGGAUGACGCAAAUGAGGAUGAGUCGCUGAAGCAGAUGUCCGUCAAGACGUUGACAAACCUGGCAUCUUACGAGAAUCCUCAACAGAGAACUGCUCAGAAAAUAUUGUCUCGUGCCCGAGAGACCAUGUCUGCCCGACAGCUUGCUGAUCCUUCAACUCGGAACAGAAACAGCAUAAUGGAGUGGGAUGCUAGUGUUGAAGCCGAGAUGAGGGCCAAUCCUUCUCCAUACAGCUCUAUCCUAUCCAAGGGCCCUGGAGCUCCUCGUCCUCUAACAGCCGGUCCUCCAGGUCUACGUCAACACAAACCCACCAAUAUCGAACAGUCAACCACAGCCAGACGAUCGGCGCCCUUGGCAGAUGAUUCGGCUUCCGUCCAAGGCAGUUCCUUUCUCCCGCAGGCUAUCAGCGAGCUUGGAAGAAUCACAAAUCAAGAAAGUUCGUCGCGGAUAUCCAAUACCUUCACACCAGCCACGACAGACACACUCGGCACCCAGAAGCUUGCUUCUUCCAUUGUCUAUGAUACUCUUGACGCUGAAGAUGCCCGCAAGUACUAUCGGAAUGGUGUUCUUCCUGUCAACUUUAACGAUACAAUUCGACCAUCGACUGUGUUUGGGUACGAGUCCUCGUCGGAGAGAUAUCGCUUUGGUGUCGCUGCUGAGGAUGGAAACAUCCAACCACACGACAAGGAUAUCAAUACCCUUUGGAAUAAGUGUCCAAAGCUCUACAAGUCAAUGGACACAUUUCUCACCAUGCUGAGGGAUAAGCGCCUCCAGCUGGGAAUGGGCCCCGAAAAGAGAAGAGAAGAAAACGCCCAAGAAUUUCUUGCUAUGAUUAGGAAUGCACGCUCUCAGCUGCAACCAGGUCCCGAGGAAGGAGAAAAGAUCCCCACAGAGAAUGAGGCCACCCUAAGAAUGCUGUUCGAUGAAGUAGACAGAAUGUCUGCACAGAACCCCCAAAGCUCCAUGGCGGACGAGAGUAUGGAGACAAUAAUGCAGCGACUCUUCGGGGGCAUACCUCCCCCGCCAGCCAUUCCAAGAGUUCAUGACCCCAAGGACGAGUCUUGA